GCUCCCUACGCAUGCACUUGCAUGGAAUACAAGCUAAAGGGUGCCCUCGCUCUGAAGAAAUUCAUUCAUUAAUUAACCACUCAACCACUGUUAAAGAACUUCCUCCAUCAUCAUCAUCAUCAUCGAGCGAGCGAGCAUGGCCAUGGGUGAUGAACAGCAACAAACCAAACGCAGCACCAGUACUGGUAGUAGCAGUCCCAGCAGCUUGAGGCGGAGGAGGAACCCCCCAGCUCUUACCGCCUUGCCCCAACAGGAGAGGGAGUUGACGUCGACGAUGCUGCCGCCGCCGGUGGUGGAAACUGAUGAUCGAACACCUGUUUCUUCACAGUCCAGCUCGUCGCUAGAACAAGAAGAAGAAGGCGACGAUGACGAUGACGAUGAUGAUGACGACGUCUAUGAUUAUGAUGACGAGGAAGAACUAUUCCUCAACUCCCAAGAACAUAUGGAAUUUUCCGAGGGAGAAGACAUCAACAGUGAUCAGCUGCAGGAGGAAACGGAGGAAUCCGACGUCGAUCCAGAUGAGCUGUCAUACGAGGAGCUAAUUGCUCUAGAAGAGAUGGUCGGAGAAGAAAAUCGAGGACUACCACCGGAGAAAAUCUCUUCCUACUUGCAUUCCUACGCUCCUCCAUGCCUCCAUGGCAACCAACCCGUCCACCUUGAUCGGUGCGUGAUAUGUCAAGCGGAGUACGAAGAAGGAGAGAUGCGGGUGGCCCUCUCUUGUCAACACCUUUACCACUCAGAUUGUAUACGCAAGUGGCUCCUACUUAGAAAAACUUGCCCCAUAUGCGGCAUUGAAGUUUCAUCAUCAUCCAAUGUUGCUGGUACUUUUUAGCACUUGGUCAAGUUCCUGAUGGCAACAAUUGUACAUAUAUGUUUCAUCAAUUGUACCAUAUAUAGUUUUUGUAAAAGAGUUGAUUCAUAUUGCAAGAUGCAUUAAUUUCUACCUACAAAUAAUGUUGUUA